UCAGCAGAUCCAGCCCGGCACGGAGCCUCGCCCCGCCUGGCUGACCGCGGCGCCGUGCACUCUUCUCGGGGACUGCACAACAUUCCUGUGAAAUAUACCUGCUAUUAAUGGCAUGUGGCUUGUAACUUUACUUCUGCUGUAUUCUUUGCAAGAAGUCAACAGUGAGGAUGUUGUCUCUACGCGGCUGUACUUUGUGAACGCCUCCCUGCAGCGAGUGACCUUCUCCAGCUCGGUGGGGGUGUCCCUGCCCUGCCCCGCGGGCGGCGCCCCCCACGCCGUCCUGCGCUGGUACCUGGCCGCCGGAGACGACAUUUACGACGUGCCCCAUAUCCGCCACGUGCAUGCCAACGGCACCCUCCAGCUCUACCCUUUCUCCCCCUCUGCCUAUAACAGCAUCAUCCACGACAACGAGUACUUCUGCACUGCUGAGAAUCAGGCGGGCAAGAUCCGAAGCCCCAGCAUCCACGUUAAAGCAGUGUUCAGGGAGCCCUACACAGUCCGUGUGGCCGACCAGCGCUCCAUGCGGGGCAACGUUGCCGUGUUCAAGUGCCUCAUCCCUUCAGCUGUCCAGGAGUACGUCAGCGUGGUGUCCUGGGAGAAAGACACCGUUUCCAUCGUCCCUGGUAAUCGUUUCUUCCUGACCUCAUUUGGCACUUUAUAUAUCUCAGAAGUGCAGAAGGAAGAUGCUUUGUCCACAUACCGCUGUAUCACAAAGCACAAGUACAGUGGAGAGACCCGCCAGAGUAAUGGAGCCAGACUCUCUGUUAUGGACCCUACGGAGUCCACCCCUAAUGUGCUGGACAGUUUCCAGUCUGGUGAAGUGCAGGUGGGUCACAGUGUGGAGCUGCCCUGCAUCGCCUCCGGCUACUCAAACCCCACCAUCCGAUGGCUAAAAGACGGUCGGCCAUUACCAGCAGAUUCCCGCUGGACUCACCGCAUCACGGGCCUCACCAUCUCUGACUUGAGACUCGAGGACAGCGGCAACUACAUCUGUGAGGUCACCAAUAGCUUUGGCUCCAAGGAGGUGACCGGUCACCUCAAUGUUAUAGAGCCCCUGCGGGUCACAUUGUCUCCAAAGAACUUGAAGACUGGGAUCAGUAGUACUGUCAUCCUCUCCUGUGCUGUUCAAGGUUCCCCUCACUUUACGGUGUCCUGGUACCGUAACACAGAACCCGUCAUGCCCGAUCAGCACUUUUCCAUCCAGGGAGCUCACAAUGAGACCUUGUUCAUUUCUGCUGCGCAAAAAAGACACUCGGGCGCCUACCAGUGCUUCGCCUCGAGGAAGGGCCAAACUGCCCAGGACUUCUCCAUCAUACUGCUAGAAGAUGGGACACCCCGUAUCGUUACCUCUUUCAGUGAAAGGGUUGUCGUCCCGGGUGAACCGUUUUCCCUGAUGUGUGCUGCCAAAGGAGCCCCUCCGCCCACUAUCACCUGGACCUUGGAUGAUGAGCCUGUGGCCCGGGAUCUGUCACGGGUCAGAUCCAGCCAGUACACACUCUCCGACGGGAGCACCGUGAGCUACGUGAACAUCAGCAGCCCACAGAUUCGCGAUGGAGGAUUGUAUCGGUGCGCCGCACGAAACUCGGCUGGUAGUGCCGAGUACCAAGCGCGCAUAAACGUAAGAGGUCCUCCAAGGAUUCGCCCUAUGAAGAACAUCACUGCAGUGGCAGGAAGAAACACUUUCAUAAACUGUCGUGUAAUUGGGUAUCCUUAUUACUCAAUUAACUGGUACAAGGAGGAACUCCUGUUGCCUGACAACCAUCGCCAGGUGGUGUUUGAGAAUGGGACACUGAAGCUCAGUGAUGUUCAGAAGGGCAUGGACGAAGGCGCCUACGUCUGCAGUGUGCUGAUCCAGCCACGGCUAUUCAUCACCGAGACCGUUUACAUCACAGUCAAAGUUCCCCCGCUGAUCCAACCAUUUGACUUCCCCCCAACUUCCAUUGGCAAAUUGAUGUACAUCGCCUGUGUUGUGUCAUCUGGAGACAUGCCCAUACGCAUCACGUGGCGGAAGGACGGCCAGGAGAUCGUACCCUCCUCGGGCAUCACCAUCGACACAAAGGAGUUCAUGAGCUCCCUGCAGAUCUCCAAAGUGUCUCUCAAACACAAUGGCAACUACACCUGCAUUGCUAGCAAUGAUGCUGCUACUGUUAGCACAGAGAGGCAGCUCACAGUUACAGUACCUCCUCGAUUUGUUGUGCAGCCCAACAACCAGGAUGGGAUCUAUGGAAAGGCAGCAAUCCUGAACUGUUCUGUUGAUGGAUACCCCCCUCCGAAAGUCAUGUGGAAGCAUGCCAGAGGUGCACUCGCGGGUAUUGGGAACCCACAGCAAUACCACCCCGUGCCUCUCACUGGCCGUAUUCAGAUAAUGAAUAAUGGCUCUCUGCUCAUCAGACAUGUCCUGGAAGAGGAUCGUGGUUUCUACCUUUGUCAGGCCUCCAACGGAGUGGGUUCAGACAUCAGCAAGAGCAUGGUGCUCACAGUCAAAAUCCCAGCAAUGAUCACCAGUCAUCCCAACACCACUAUGGCUAAGAAGGGUCAUUUGAAGGAGCUGAACUGCACAGCCAGGGGAGAAUGGCCCAUCAUCAUUCGCUGGGAAAGAGGCGACACUGUGAUUGACCCUGAUCGCAAUCCCAGAUACUCCAUAACCACGAGUCCCAAUGAGAAGACAGACGAGGUGUUGUCUACUCUAAAGCUAAAGCCAGCAGAGCGUGAGGAUUCUGUCUUCUUUUCUUGUCAUGCUAUCAACUCUUACGGAGAAGGAAGAGGCCUUAUUCAGCUCACUGUGCAAGAACCUCCAGACCCUCCAGAGCUGGAGAUCCGAGAAGUGAAAGAUCGCAGCAUGAAUCUCAGGUGGACGCAGAGAUUUGAUGGAAACAGUGUCAUUACCUCUUAUGAUAUUGAAUAUAAAAAUAAGACAGAUUCGUGGGAGCUGAAGCAUGCCACUCGAAACAUCUCCCCCACAAACAAUCAGGCCAACAUUGUGGACUUGCACCCUGCCUCUGUCUACAGCAUCCGGAUGUAUUCCUACAACGCUAUAGGCAAGAGCGAGGCCAGUAAGGAGCUCACCAUCAGCACAGAGGAAGCGCAGCCUGACGGUCCUCCGAUGGAUGUGACCCUUCAGGCAGUAACUUCUCAAAGUAUCAGAGUCACUUGGAAGGCUCCAAGGAAGGAGCUGCAGAACGGGGUGAUCCGGGGUUACCAGAUCGGUUACAGAGAGAACGGCCCAGGAAGUAACGGCCAGUACAGCAUUGUUGAGAUGAAAGCCACUGGAGACAGUGAGGUCUACACUCUCGACAACCUGAAGAAGUUUGCUCAGUACGGCGUGGUUGUCCAGGCCUUCAACAGAGCAGGCACCGGACCUUCAAGCUCCGAGAUCAAUGCUACAACACUGGAAGAUGUGCCCAGUCAGCCUCCUCAGAACGUGCGAGCCAUUUCUGUAACAUCAGAUGAGGCUGUGAUCACAUGGGCUGAGCCUCCAAGGCUGACUCUCCACGGCGUACUGAAGGGAUAUCGUGUCGUGUUUUGGGCCGUCUUCCCAGAUGGAGAGUGGGGUGAAAUGCAAAACAUUACCACCAUCAAAGAGCAGGUGGAGCUUAAAGGCCUGGAGAAGUUUACUAACUACAGCAUCCAGGUCUUGGCCUUCACCCAGGCAGGAGAUGGUGUCAGGAGCAACGUUCUGUACAUUCAAACCCGGGAAGAUUAUCCUGGACCCCCGGCUGGCAUCAAAGCUGUGCCCUCCUCUGCCAGCAGUGUCGUAGUGUCAUGGUUACCCCCUCACAAGCCAAAUGGAAUCAUCCGCAAAUACACAAUUUACUGCUCCAGCCCUGGAUCAGGCCAACCGAUGCCAAGUGAGUAUGAAGCUAACCCAGAGUUGCUGUUUUACCGAAUCACCCACCUCAACCACCGGCAGCAGUACCUGAUCUGGGCUGCAGCUGUCACCACAGCAGGCCGCGGUAACUUCAGUGACAAAGUGACCGUAGAGCCAGCCGCCAAAGCUCCCGCCAAAAUCCUGUCAUUUGGAGGUACAGUUACAACUCCUUGGGUAAAAGAGGUGCGGCUACCCUGCAGUUCUGUGGGUGAACCAACACCAACCAUAAAAUGGACCAAAGAUAGUGAGGAUACAGCAAUCCCUGUGUCUCUGGAUGGACAGCGUCUUAUUCUGGCUAAUGGGACACUGGUGCUGCGCUCCGUCAAAGCUGAAGACUCUGGUUAUUACACCUGCACGGCCACCAACACGUUGGGCUUUGACACCAUUAUAGUUAACCUUUUGGUGCAAGUUCCUCCAGAUCAACCUCGUCUAACCGUGUCCACCACCUCCACCUCCUCCAUCACCCUUGCCUGGAUACCAGGAGAUAAUGGAGGCAGUUCUAUCAGAGGUUUUGUUCUGCAGUACUCUGUGGACAAUACAGAGGAAUGGAAGGAUGUUUUCAUCAGUUCUAGCGAGCGCUCUUUUAAACUGGACAACCUACGAUGCGGGACCUGGUAUAAAGUGAAGUUGGCUGCCAAGAACAGCGUCGGUGCUGGUCGCAUCAGUGAGAUCAUCGAGGCAAAGACUCAUGGGAGAGAACCCCAGUUCAACAAAGACCAACCCGUCUUCACCUACCUGAACUCCAGCCAUGCCCGCCUCAACCUGCUGGGCUGGGUGAGUGGGGGCUGUCCAAUCACUUCUGUCACUCUGGAGUUCAGACCAAAAGGGACAUGGGUGUGGCAGACUGUGCGAACCAACACCACCGCAGAUGUGUUCCUGGCGGAGCUGCGGGAGGCCACCUGGUAUGAAAUGAAGAUGAAAGCAUGCAACAGUGCAGGCUGUGGCAACCAGAGUUCCCAGUUUGCAACACUGGACUAUGAUGGCAGCACAAUCGCUCCCAUCAAAUCUCCUCUGAAAAAAAACGAUGACGUGAAGAAGUUGUUUUCCAUCGGCUCCCCUGUGAUUCUGGUCACUCUCGGCGUUGCACUCCUCUUCAUCAUUCGCAAGAAACGCAAAGAAAAGAGGCUGAAAAGACUAAGAGAUGCUAAAAGCCUGGCAGAGAUGCUGAUCAGUAAAAACAAUCGCAGCUUUGACACCCCAGUGAAAGGACCUCCUCAGGGCCCACGGUUACACAUUGACAUCCCCAGAGUGCAGUUGCUAAUUGAGGACAAAGAGGGCAUCAAGCAAAUUGGUGACGACAAGGCUACUAUCCCUGUGACAGACACAGAGUUCAACCAAACGGGGAACCCUCAGAGCUUCUGCACUGGUGUAUCUAUCCAUCACCCUGCCCUCAUCCAAAACACAGGUCCUUUGAUAGACAUGUCUGACAUCAGACCAGGAACCAACCCAGUGUCGAGAAAGAGUGUGAAGUCGGCCCACAGCAUCAGGAACCGAUACUCCAGUCAGUGGACUCUGACCAAGUGUCAGGCUUCCACGCCAGCCCGCACUCUCACUUCAGACUGGCGCACAGUAGGCUCCCAGCAUGGCAUCACUGUCACCGAAAGUGACAGCUACAGCGCCAGCCUCUCACAAGACACAGAUAAGGGACGCAACAGUAUGGUGUCCACAGAGAGCGCUUCCUCCACCUACGAGGAAUUGGCGAGAGCGUAUGAGCACGCCAAGCUGGAGGAACACCUGCAGCAUGCCAAGUUUGAGAUUACAGAGUGUUUCAUCUCUGACAGCUCAUCCGAUCAAAUGACCACAGGGACCAAUGACAAUGCGGACAGCAUGACGUCUAUGAGCACGCCGUCAGAGCCCGGGAUCUGCCGUUUCACUGCCUCACCACCCAAACCCCAAGACUACGACCGUGGCAAGAAUGUAGCUGUGCCCAUUCCACACCGCGCCAAGAGUGAUUACUGCAAUCUUCCCCUCUACAUGAAGUCAGAUCCCUUUUUCAGAAAGCAGUCAGAACAUCAUGACCCGUGUCCAGUGGUUCCGCCACGAGAAGCCUCUAUUCGGGGCCUGGCCCAGCGAGUGUACCACAGCCAGGGCCGUCAUGUGACUCUGGACUCUACAAAGCAGCCGGCUCUAUCCAUGGGCCACUCCGGGCUUUCCAACCUCAGCUCCUCCGCGACUUCCUCUGGAGGAGCGUCAGGAGGCGGUGGAGGAAGUGGGGGAGUGUCUGCUAGCUCUAGCAGUUCCACACUUCCCCAGAGGACUCUAACCAUGCCUGGCUCCUCUGCUGCAGCAGCUCAGAGCGCAGCCGCAGCCGCUGCAGCCACAGCUGCAGCAGCUGCAGGCGCAUCAUCCUCCUCUGGUGGAGGCGGAGCAGCAGGGGCCACAGGUGGGACCCCUGGAGGUGCCUCCUCUUCUUCCUCCAAGAUAGGAGGAUCCAGAGACUCUCUUCUGGAGAGCAGCUCCUCGGGCUUAGGCAGACUACAGAAGCAGAGGGAUGGAGGCUCGGGGGCAUACUCCAAGUCCUACACAUUGGUGUAGCCUGUCAUGACCGAGGCCUGUCACUGUAACUUUUAAUACAAUGCUGGUCAAAAGCCAGCGCUUUGCCUGGAGCCUCUGCGGUGAAUCGGGGUGAGGGACAUGCACAUGCACAGCUUAGCCGUCAGUGCCUGUGCUGUGCCAGCCUGCAGGAAGCUGCUCCCUGCUAACACUACAGUUCGAAGGGGU